CAGUGUUCCCUCUCUACAUCUGGUAAUCAUUAGCCAUGUCAGUAUAUAAAGUGGAUGUUGUGCGUAGUCAGGAUCCAGUGUAUCAGCAUGGAGCAGGCUGUGUGGCUGCUGUGUGUCCUGUUUCUGCAGGUCUGUCUGCUCUCCACCACGGCCCUCCCUGGACAAGACAGACGGACAGCAGCUUUUCAAACCAACCAAGCCAUGGGAGGCUCUUCCCCAUUCCUCCCAGGACCUCCACCUCAGGUAGACAUGAAGCCACUGGUUGUGCAGCUCAGAGCAAAGGGACAUGAGGAGGGGUUCCCCGAACGAAACAGGGUAGGGGCAUGCAGCAGCCAGCGUCCAGGGAGUUGUUCAGUGUUGUCAGUCCGGAAGAAUGCUGUUGGACCUCCACCGCCACCCGAGAGUUCCAGGACUAAGAGGCAUGAGAGUACUAAGGGCAGACGCAAAAGACCCUAUCAUCCUGGAGCCUUGGCUGCAUUUUCCGAACUAGCUGUUCCUCCUUACAGAUCCUCAGCAUAGAAGAAGACGGUACUGAGACACAGGACAGGCCAUGGAGAGAAACCAACCGCUGAAACUUGCUUUAUUUUGGGUCAUAAGUGAAAGAAGCAUGAAAUAAACAUGUGGUAUCGACAGUAAAACACUCAGUCCUGCUUUAUUUGAAGUGCAUCUUGAGAAAGCUUUUUUAAAUGGUCAUAUAGGCUUCAUAAACACUGCAUAAAUAGGUCACAAAUAAUCUAUAACUCAUUUCAUGCUCGAUAAAAUAUUUCCAAAUAUGAUUUCUAAAUCUGAACAAAUAAAUGCAUGGUUAUGUCACACAGUUAUACCACAUUAUGAAUCUUUAUAGAGCAAGAUAUAAGGUUAUAGAUGAUAUGUGAAGCAUCUAUGUGGGGCUUUAUGUUGCCUUCAUAAGAUGCAUUUCAAAUAAAGCGGGACUAAGCUUUCAUUGACUUUUUUUCCCCCAGUUUUCUAGCAAUGCAAUUAUAAAUAAAACUCUACCGCGCUAUGGACUGGACUAAGCCAUUCACUCAUUUCUGAAUGUUCUGUAAGACAAAUCACAUUGGGGUCACCAAACUUGUAGGUGAUGUUAUGUUCCUGGAAUCGACUCUGUAUUUUAAUGUUAUUCAAAGCCUUAAAUCACAGUUAAAACAAAGGAAACAAAAAUCUCAAGACACACAAUGUAUUUGCUUCAGUAGUCAAUCUUUUCACAAUUUCUCGAUAUUCUCUGUCAAAUGCUCAAUGUUACUGCAUAUUUUACCAUAGCAAACCUUUCAACAGUUGUAUAUGUCUGUUCUACUAAAUAAAAAUGUUAGGACAUGAACACAA